AAGUGUGUGUCUAUUCAUAUCACUCACUCUCUCUCUUCCUCACUCUCACAUCCUCCCUCUCUUUAUUUUUUCUCUCUCACCACAAGAAACGCCCUCGUUCAUUAAAAAUGAUGACGGUGGGCAGAUCCGGAGGCACCGUCGUCCUAUUGUUCUGCCUAUCAUUCUUCGCGGCGGUAACCGCCGAGAGUCCAUACCGAUUCUUUGACUGGAAUGUAACAUACGGCGACAUUUACCCACUCGGUGUUCGUCAGCAGGGAAUAUUGAUUAAUGGGAAAUUUCCGGGACCGGACAUUCACAGUGUGACAAACGACAAUCUCAUCAUUAACGUACACAACAGCUUAGACGAGCCUUUUUUAAUCUCAUGGAACGGAAUACAAAACAGAAGAAAUUCUUAUGUUGAUGGAAUGUACGGAACCACGUGUCCAAUUCCACCGAGAAGCAACUACACAUACAUUUUGCAAGUGAAAGACCAAAUUGGAAGUUUCUAUUACUUCCCAUCUCUUGCUUUUCACAAGGCAGCUGGUGCAUUCGGAGGUAUCAGAAUCCUUAGUCGUCCUGGAAUUCCAGUUCCAUUCGCUGACCCUGCAGGAGAUUAUACUGUCCUCAUUGGAGAUUGGUACAAAUCUAAUCACACGGAUUUGAAGUCUCGUCUUGACAGAGGAAGGAAGUUACCUUCGCCUGAUGGUAUUCUUAUCAAUGGCCGAAGCAACGGUGCUACCUUAAACGUUGAACAAGGAAAAACAUACCGAUUGAGGAUAUCAAACGUUGGAUUACAAGAUUCUCUAAACUUCAGAAUCCAAAACCACAGAAUGAAGCUUGUGGAAGUCGAAGGGACGCACACACUUCAAACCAUGUUUUCCUCAUUGGACGUUCACGUUGGCCAGUCUUACUCCGUUCUGAUUACUGCUGACCAAUCUCCUCGUGACUACUACGUGGUUGUCUCGUCUCGGUUCACGGAUAAAAUCAUAACAACCACUGGCGUUCUUCGUUACAGUGGCUCGUCCACCCCAGCUUCUGGUCCUAUUCCUGGUGGUCCCACAAUUCAGGUUGAUUGGUCAUUGAACCAAGCACGUGCCAUCAGAACCAAUUUGACAGCUAGUGGACCAAGACCUAACCCGCAAGGCUCAUACCAUUAUGGUCUUAUACCGCUCAUUAGGACUAUUGUUUUCGGUAGUUCAGCCGGACAGAUAAAUGGGAAACAAAGAUAUGGUGUCAAUAGUGUGUCAUUUGUGCCAGCUGAUACCCCUCUAAAACUGGCUGACUUCUUCAAGAUUAGUGGUGUCUAUAAGAUCAACAGCAUCUCGGACAAACCCACAUAUGGAGGUUUAUACCUUGACACAUCCGUUUUGCAAGUCGACUAUCGAACCUUUAUCGAGAUUGUAUUCGAGAACCAAGAAGAUAUCGUCCAAAGUUAUCAUCUCAAUGGUUACUCCUUUUGGGUUGUCGGGAUGGAUGGUGGACAGUGGAAGACAGGAAGCAGAAAUGGUUAUAAUUUACGCGAUGCAGUUUCACGUUCCACAGUCCAAGUGUACCCAAAAUCAUGGACAGCCAUUUACAUUGCAUUAGACAACGUAGGAAUGUGGAACUUAAGAUCAGAGUUUUGGGCAAGACAGUACUUGGGACAACAACUUUAUUUACGUGUCUUCACGUCAUCAACGUCUUUGAGAGAUGAGUACCCUAUCCCGAAGAAUUCGCGUUUGUGCGGCCGGGCAAGAGGACGACAUACUAGGCCUUUGUAAGGAAGAUAUACAAUUACGUGAAAGUCGUCAUAUCCAUACACGUUUAAGUUAUAUAUAUGUUAUUCUUGCGAAGACUUGCAAGGUUACAAUGCGAGAGAGGAUGUAGUAAUAAUCUAGUUUGAAGUGA